AUGGCCGACGAAUCCCUCUCCAUCUACGACGAAAUCGAAAUCGAAGACAUGACUUUCGACCCCAACCUCCAAAUCUACCAUUACCCAUGUCCCUGUGGCGAUCGGUUCGAGAUUUGCAUUGACGAUUUGAGAGAUGGAGAGGAGAUUGCUGUGUGUCCGAGUUGUAGUUUGAUGAUUAGGGUUAUUUUUGAUGAGGCCGAUCUUCCCAAAUGA